UGGAGACCCCCCUCUAGUUCUCUUUUUGUUGAGUUGUUGGUAAAUGAAGCCAAAAUAAAGUAUAAUAAGACAGAGAAGAACUUUAACAUACCCAAAAGUCCACAUUACUGUUCAGUAUCAGAUCAUAAGCUUCAGAUUACUGAACCAUUAAUACCUCCAUGACCAGUGCUGCAGGAAAUGCAUGGCAAGGAAAACCUUGAUCAUGGAGUUGAAUCAUUUGCAUGGUGACAGUGGGGCACGUUCGGGUGCUGCUACUGUAUUCCAGCAUGCAAGCUAAAGCCUGCCCUUCACUGGGAGGACCCGGGGGGCCCCUGUGUCCACCCCUGCUCCUUGAGAAGUCCCCAUCAAUGCUUCCUUCCUCCCCAAUCCAUCCAACACGCAGCCAUCAUCAUGCUCGGGGUCGAACUACUGCACCAGUGCUGGCGCAUGCACGAUCCUCUAGGGUUGAAUUUUCAUACGACAGACGUCAUUUCUUGUCUCUAUAAACUAGUCGUGCAUGGCUCAUAAAAAGGGUGGGAGGAAAUGGCGAAGCUAGUGUAGUUGUGAGUAUGUGUUGUCCUCCAUGAGAGAAACACUGAGGUAUUUGCUAGGCUUAGCAGGGCCGAGCGGGUUUGGAUCCAGUGUCACUGCUGAGCAAGUCUCACAAGACAUUUACUCUCCAAACCCUCGCAAUCUCACCGCGAUCAUCACCGGUAGUUCAUUUACAUCUCUUUCAAGCAAAAUUUGCAUGAUUAUUGAUCACUUUGUUUGGUUCGAGUGCUGCUUGACUACAGGAGCAACCUCAGGCAUCGGGGCAGAAACUGCAAGAGUUCUCGCGAAGAGAGGUCUGAGGCUGGUCAUCCCUGCGAGGGACCUCAAGAGAGCUGCUGAGGUCAAAGCAUGGAUCCAAGAGGAAACUCCAGACGCAGAGAUUCUUCUGAUGGAGAUGGAUCUCAGCUCAUUUGCUUCCAUCCAGAGAUUUUGCUCUGUUUUUUUGUCACUUCGAUUGCCGCUCAACAUCCUCAUAAACAAUGCUGGGAAAUACUGCAAGAAGCUUCAGUUCACCAAGGACAAGUUUGAGAUGACCUUCGCUACAAACUAUUUAGGUCAUUAUCUACUUACUGAAAAUUUGCUGGAAAGAAUGAUUGAGACAUCAGAAAGAACAGGAACCGAAGGGAGGAUUAUUAAUGUGUCAUCAGUGAUCCACACUUGGGUGAAAAGGAAAAGAUUCAAGUUCUCUGACAUGCUAAAUCCGGAGGAAUACAAUGGCACAGUAGCUUAUGCACAGUCCAAGUUGGCAAACAUUCUGCAUGCCAAAGAAAUUGCUAGAAGAUUGAGAGAAAGAAAUGCAAAGUUAACAAUCAACGCAUUGCAUCCAGGGAUAGUGAAAACUGGAAUCAUAAGAGAUCACAAAGGCUUGAUUACAGAUUCAAUGUUUUUCCUUGCAGCAAGGCUACUAAAAUCAACACCACAGGGAGCAGCAACAACUUGCUACGUUGCUUUGAGCCCUCAAUUAGUUGGUGUCUCAGGAAAAUAUUUUGCCGACUGUAAUGAGAGCUCUUGCUCAAAUCUAGCAAACAACGAGAUUGCAGCUCAGAUUCUGUGGCGCAAAUCGCACUCACUGGUUCUAAAUCAUGUGUUGCAGAUGAAAAAAGAGACUUAAAUGAAGCAAGUAUUGAUGGCUGUUUUGCAAGUCUUUUUUCCGUACCUGGUAUAUAUAUAUAUUAAAUGCUAAAAGAGUUAUUUUGUAAGU